AUGGCCUCUUUUCUUUCUAAAUAUCUGGAACUGGGUGAAACCAACCUUCAACAGAAGUUGAAGAACAUCGCCUGUUUCUGGGAAACACAGCCCUCAGGCUGUGUGAGGAUCAGCUGCGCCUUCCGUCACAGCAAACCUCGUCAUAUCAAUGGACUUUUUCUGCCACCUACUAACAGUGCUCCAUUGCCACAGGGUGACCAAGAAAUUCUGCCUCCAGUCCAGUGUGAAGGAUCACUCACAAGUCCAGAGAAUAUUGUAAUACCAAUUCACCCUCCACUGAUUAUAAACCUCAACGACGAAGAGGAUGAUGAAGAGAUUGAUGAAGAGGAUGACGAAGAGAAAUAUGUUUCUGACUGGGUGCCUAAGACUGCUGAGGAUAUCGAAGAGGAAAGAGCAAUAAAGGAAAUAUGCUAUAAAUCUGGAGAGUUUUAUGGGAUUCAGCAGCCUGACCAACACCAGUCAUCCAACCCUGUGUCACCAUCUCAGGAAACUGAGCUACUGCCCUUGGAAGCUACCCAGUGGGACUUGCAGAAAGGUGACAGCAAUACAAUUCCUCCAGAAUUGAACAACACAAAUAGAGAAGGAGAGAGUUUGGGAAGGAGAGUACCAAAAGAGAGUGUUCCCAGAAUGCGUUUCAGAUCCUUUGAAAAUGGAGAAAGCCACACUGCAGAACCCAAAGUACAACCCGGUUACCAAAAAAAUGGUCACUGUAAAGAUGGUGAAACUCCUUCUUCUCUUCCACUUGAGAGAGAAACUGGGAGAAAGUCUUACUUCUGUUCUUCAGAACCACGAAGAUCAGCGUAUGUAGUCUACCGUACUGUCACAGUCACCCAAGAACCAAAGUUCAGUGGACCUAGAGCAGCUCCUGAGCGGUCUGUUUGGAAAUCCUCCAAAGGAAAGAAUCAGCCUGGCAAAAAUAGGAGAUUUUGGACACAAACGGACAUCUAUGACAAAUACCCUCCAGGAUCCUAUAAUGCACCAACUUGGAGGAAAAGAAAUCCACAGGCAAAAACGUUCUCCAAGACUAAAACAACCAUUCAGAGCCAAGAAGACAUGGAAGUGAACCGAAAAGGAAAACGAUAUGAAGACAGGAGGGAGAUGAAGCAAGUACUUGAAUUCACAAGAAAAAUCUGA